ACUCAACUACGACGUAACCAUGGCAGCUACGGUGGCGUCUUUGACGGAUAUCAUGCAUGACCUGUGGGUCGGUUGCGAGACGGUGGAGCAUGGCAUCCCGUACUUUCCGCUGUUUGUCGGCAACAUUGCCAUCAUGCUUGGUGCCUUUGUCAUUCCUUGGGUCAUGGUCCACACGGGCGGCCUUGUCCGAUUCUCGGCCUAUGCAUGGCUCGCGUGGGGUGCAUACGCGGCGGUGGAGUUCUACGCCGGGCUGCUUGUUGGGCGGUACGCGACGUGUGAUGGAUGCUCGCCGCUGGAGGAUGCGCUCGAGUCGCCGGCGUCGACAGCGUGGUUCUCGGACUGGAUUCUGCUGUGGCCGAUGUGUGCGGUGUACUGCUACGUGACGGCGCACCGGUGGGGCUUUGGCAGCGAGGCGUGGAAGUACACUGCGCUUGCGGUGGUGGCGGGUCCGCAGGUGGGCGUGCCGUACGUGUGCGUGCGGAUUCUGGACGUUGCCGAGAAGGGCGGCGAUGUGGACCGGAGCAAGUACCGGUGGGCCGAGUACCUCUGGGUUGCGCUCUCUGCGCUCGAGUGCGUGGUGUGGCUCCCGCAGUUCCUUGCGUUCUUCAUGCAGCCGGAGAACUGCUGGACGUGGCCGCUUGCCGAGGCGAUGUGGGGCAACCCGAUGAAUACGUUUGUGGCGCAGUCUGUGUCGAUCACGGGCUGGUUUGCGGACGCGUGGAUUCUCUCUGUGGUCCCGCACAAGAGCCAUCACAUGUGGUACCUGGCGUUUGCGCUGCUCGCCUUCCACAACCUUGUGCUGACGCUCGCGGUGCUGUGGGUCAUUCCGGCGUGGAUGGAGCAGCCAACCGGCAAGUGGAUCCGUGGCAUGCUUGCGCGGCCCAAGUUUGACCUCGCGCCGGUGAUGGGCGCGGCGACGGCGGGAUACAUUGUGGCGCUUGUUGUGGGUGCCUUCUACGUGGCGCUGGACGUCUCCAAGGGCUUCGCGGUCGCACUCCUCGCCAUCUACGGCACCAUGGCGCUGAUGUCGCCGUUUGGCCGGCCGUCGGUCUGGCACGAGUUUGGCUCGUGGAUGAUUGCGUCCAAGGUCCACACGGUGGCGUUCCUCGCCUCGACGGCGACGGUCCUCGUGGGCACGCUGGCGCAGACCGAGCUUGCGCCGUCGGACCUCGCGCUGACCUUCCACUGGCUCUCGAGCUUCCCGCUCAUCUCGACCCUCGGUGGGCUGGCUAUUUACGUCCUCGCUGCCACCGAGCUCUGGCGCAUCCUCUCGUACACCUCUCAGCAGACAUCCGAGGACGCGGUGGCGUACUUUUUCAAGGCCGCCUUUGCUGCCCCGUUCCUCUUCCUCACCUCGCCGGGCUUCUUCCCGCUCCCGGGACUUGACGCGCUCCGGCGGAUCCUGCUCGCCUCGCGUCGGUCGAACCAUUAAACAGUGCUGUGGCUUU